AUGGGUGGUAUAAAAGGAAAAUUUAAGAAAAAUGUGAUACUGAAGAAAUGGCAAUCAUUUGGAGAUGGAGGUGGCAAUAGCAAUAUGAGGUCACCAAUAUUGAAUAAGGGAAGUUCAAAAUCAUGUUCAGAAAAAGUCCCCAAAGGUUGUUUUUCAGUUUGUGUUGGAUCUGAAAGACAAAGGUUUAUUGUGAAGACAAAGCUUGUUGCACAUCCAUUAUUCAAGAUGUUACUAGAUGAAGCAGAAGUGGAAUUUGGGUUUCAAAAUGAUGGACCAAUUAGGCUUCCAUGUAACGUUGAUUUGUUCUAUAAAGUUUUGGCUGAAAUGAAUAAUUUUGAUGAAGAGGUUAGUAAGAUUAAUGAUGGUAGUUGUAGAAGCUUUAACAAGGCUAAAAGGUUUUCAUUAUUUUGUUCUUCGAAGCCAAAGCUAUAUGAAUAG